CUAUCAGAUCCUGGAGGAAAUCCUUCUAUUUAUUUAUUAUUCAUUUAAGUCUCAUGAUAUUAUUUUGUAACAAGGAACUGUAGACUACACUACCAUGGCAAUUUGGAAUCAUACGAUUGUGAAGGAAUUCAUACUGGUUGGCUUAACAGAAAAUCCUAAUUGGGAGAUUCCCCUCUUCUUGCUAUUCAGUCUAAUUUAUCUUGUCAUUCUUGUAGGUAAUUGGGGAAUGAUUAUCUUGAUCUGGCUGAAUGCCCAACUUCAUACCCCAAUGUAUUUCUUCCUUAGUAAUCUCUCUUUCUGUGACAUCUGCUACUCUACGGUCUUUGCUCCUAAAAUGCUGAUCAAUUUCCUAUCAGAACACAAGUCUAGUACAUUCUUUGCUUGUGUUCUGCAGAGUUUCUUUUUUGCAGUUUAUGUAACCACAGAAGGUAUACUCCUCUCUAUGAUGGCUUAUGAUCGCUAUGUGGCAAUCACAAACCCAUUAAUGUAUACAGUAAUUAUGACUCACAGCGUCUGCACUCAGAUGGUUCUUGCAUGUUACUUGGGUGGCCUCAUUAAUUCCCUGACACACACAAUAGGUCUACUCAGACUGGACUUCUGUGGUCCAAACGUUGUGAAUCACUUCUUCUGUGACAUUCCUCCUCUUUUGAAGCUUUCCUGUUCUGAUGCACACAUCAAUGAGAUGCUGCUUUUGGUCUUCUCUGGAGUGAUUGCUAUUUUCACUUUUAUCAUCAUCAUUGUAUCCUAUAGCCACAUUAUCGUUGCCAUUCUGAGAAUCCGCUCAGUAGAGGGGAGGCACAAAGCCUUUUCUACUUGUGCCUCACACCUGACAGCUGUGACAUUAUUUUAUGGCUCUGUGGCUUUUAGCUAUAUCCAGCCAAGUUCUCAGUACUCUAUGGAGCAGGAAAAAGUCUCUGCUGUGUUUUACACCUUGAUCAUCCCCAUGCUGAACCCUCUGAUUUACAGCCUGAGGAACAAGGAUGUGAAGGAAGCAGCAGGAGAUCGAUUUGUAUGGGGAGGAGCACCUCUUGACUCUGACCUUUCACUGACUUUGCAAACGAUAUAAAUCUUAAAACUGACAUUAUGGCAAAUUAUUAAU